UCAAGCACGCUGCACCUCCCCGUUCCUCCUUUAAUAAACAUGGCUGAACUGAACACGGACGGUGGAUUACAGGACUGAACCCGUCUGCUGCAGCACCAGCACAGGACUCGCACACACUCACACUGUUGAUUCACACAAGAAGACUGAGCAUGCCGUUAAUGUUUACAGCAGGGAGCCAAAGCAGCAAAAGUUUGAGUUUGACAGCCGCUAACGAAGAGACUUGAGCGGGACAGACCAGCUCCAGCUGAGAUACUACUACAUGCAAAGCGUAGACUAAAUACUGCUUUUGCAUUUAUAGAAACUAUGCUUGUCUACUGAAGAAACCCUGGAUUUAAUGCUCUGAAGUAGCCCAAAACAGUUUGGCUUACAUUUGAAAGAGUUUUAAGCUGCUCUUAUAUGGAUUUACAGUUCGCAUUUUUGUUAUAUUGUCCCGUUUAAAUUAUGUUCUCCGGUAAACAAACGAAGCCGACUUUUAAGUCUUAUCUUCCUCCACUUCAGACUGACUCGAAGAAAAGUCCUCAACUGCCCAUCAAGAAACUAGAAGCAAAACUUCUACCAGGUGAAAUAGUUGUGAACGAGGCUAACUUUGUAAGGAAGUGCAUCAGUGCAGAAAGCUGUCAGGAUGACCUCUGGGGGAAACUUGUGUGUACUAACUUCAAAGUUUCCUUCAUUACCCAUAAUUCCUUGCCACGACAGAGAUUCCAGUGCACCCACCGCCUCUUGGGCGAGCACGAUAUCCCGCUGGCUUGCGUGGAGCAGGUAGUAACAGUGAAUGAUGUUAAGGGGAAGCAGAAGAUUUUAGGUUCCAAUCAGAAGCUGAAAUUUAACCCUACUGAGCUUAUCCUCUACUGCAAAGACUUCCGCAUCAUCCGAUUCCGCUUUGAUGAAGCCGGACCCGAGAGUGCUAAAAAGGUUUGUCUGGCCAUCGCUCAUUACUCCCAUCCUGCUGACCCACAGCUACUCUUUGGCUUUGAAUACGUCGGAAAGCGAUACCAUGGAUCAACGGGUGAGCGGAUGAACGGCAUUGACCCUGGUGGGGGGAUGCAGACCACCCUGUUCGACUGCUCCUCAGACUGGGACAGAGAGAUCAAGCGUACUGGUGCCUCUGAAUGGAGAGUGUGUACCAUAAAUCAAGGCUAUUUCAUCUCGCCCAGUCUCCCAGAAUUCUUUGUGGUUCCGGUAUCUCUAGCGGAUCAGGAUCUGAAGCAAUACGCCUGCUUCUUUUACUCCCAGCGUAUCCCGUUAUGGUGCUGGAAUCACUCUAGUGGGAGUGCUCUGGUCCGCAUGUCUAACAUCAGUGACCCGCAGCAGCAGAGGAAGGUGGAGCAGCGGAUUUCCAGUGCCAUCACUAAGAGCCACCCCCUCCGCAGUGAUGUUUUCAAGUCGGAUUUGGACAAAAACCUCCCAAACAUCCAGGAUAUUCAGGCUGCUUUGCUGAAACUGAGGCAGAUUUGUGUUAUAGAUCCCUUUGAGGAGUCUGAAGAGAAGUGGCUGUCAUCCUUAGAGAGCUCAAGAUGGAUGGAGUAUGUCAGAACAUUUCUACGGCAUGCAGUAGAGGUAGUCUAUAUGCUGGAGAGCAGAAAUGUGCCUGUCAUACUUCUAGAGAAAGAGGAUCGGGACCUGAGUUGUGUGAUUUCCUGUCUGGUGCAGCUGAUGUGCGAUCCUCACUGCAGGAGUCUGCAUGGCUUCCAGGGUCUGAUUCAGAAGGAAUGGGUAAUGGCUGGGCAUCGGUUCCUGGACCGCUGCAACCAUCUGAAGAAGAAUGACAAAGAGGAGUCUCCUGUGUUCCUGCUGUUCUUGGACUGUGUGUGGCAGCUGUGGAAUCAGUACCCAGCAGCCUUUGAGUUCACUGAGGUGUACCUGACAGUGCUGGGGGACAGUAUGUGGGUUCCCAUCUUCAGCACCUUCCUCUUCAAUUGCCCCCGACAAAGAGCAGAGAACAGCAGGGUUAGAUGCUUUUUGAAGAAUUUUAAUAUAAGUUGGUUUAAUGAGUUAUACACACACCUUUAUUGGGACUGGUCUCAACAGUUCAGUCUAAAAGACCAGACUCUUUUUAAUAAUCCCCUGUACGUGGGCAAGAUCGCCACCUGUGUGCAGAACGGCACAGUGAAGACAUUCACACACAGGCGCAGCAAGAAAAACUACAGUUCCACGCUGCGGGGUCUGCCCUCCGCUUUGCGAAAUGGAUCGCUUGGACCGAACGACACCCUGGCGCGCCGGAACUCCCUCGUGCUGCGUCUCCGUUCUGAUUUGUCUCAGGUGCGGGAGCAGCAGGAGACCCCAUCGGAACGCUUCAUUCGGGACUUUUUCUCUCGUCCUGUCGACCUACAGGGCCUGCUGCUCCCCCAGCUCCUCCCAUCUCACCUCUCUGUCUGGAAGCUCUACUUCCUGCGCUGGGUUCCCGAGGCUCAGAUUCCUCAGGGCGGCCCCAUCACUGCCUUCCACAAGCUCUCGGUGCUCACAGAUGAGAUUGACAUGCUCCAGAACCAGUUGAGGCAGUACAAAGGAGCAGGCGGUACUCCUAACAACCUGCACGCGGAGCACAGCAAAAUGUACUUUAAGGCGACUUCGACCCCUCACCAGCCCCCUGCUCCUCCAGAGUACCUCAGCUCCUCGUUUCCUUUCUCUCCUGUGGGUAACCUGUGUCGCCCCGGCAUCCUAGGGUCUCCUCUUAGCAAGUUCCUCAACGGAGCCAAGAUCUGGCUCUCUACGGAGACGCUGGCUAAUGAGACGAUUUGAGGGCAGACUGCUGGGAUAGGACUGUGAGGUCAGACAAACAUAGACAAAUAUCUAAGGCCUGAAGAGCUUCUCAUUUUGAAUGUGCAGGCUUGUGGUACUUACAGUUACCUGGACAUUUUUAUUCAGUCUGUUGAGAGUUGUCGGGCAGUGAUUUUUUUUU